UAUUCAUGUACGCACUCCAAUCUUUCAAAAACCAAAAAAAAAAUCUUUUACCUAGGAUAAUGACUCGGAACGAUGCAGUUGAUAAUUCAUCAUCGUCAUUGUCCCCAAGUCUUAGGAUUAGUAAAAGUAGGGAUCAAUCUAAAUAUAGGGGUAUCACAAAACGUAAAUGGGGUAAAUGGGUAUCGGAAAUUCGAUUACCAAAUAGUCGAGAACGGAUUUGGUUAGGUUCUCAUGAUAAACCGGAGAAAGCAGCUAGAGCUUUUGACGCUGCGCAGUUUUGUCUUCGUGGUCAAGGAGCUAAAUUCAAUUUCCCUGACAAUCCUCCGAAUAUUCAAGGUGCUAGCUCGUUGUCUCGAGCUGAAAUUCAAGAAGUUGCUGCUAAGUACGCGAAUGAAGAAGAGGAAGACAAUGAAGCUGAAAAUGUAAAUCUAUCAGAGAAAGAAACUACUAUUGAUAAUAAUGGCAACAAUGGUAAUGUGGAUAGGGAACUCCUGGACUUGUUGUCGGUUUGGGGGGGUACGGGUAAUUGUACGUCGACUACAGUUAAUACUGAGUCGGAUUUCUGUGAUUAUUCUGGUGCUCAUGAUUUUCCCGGAGAUAUUUUUGCAUUGACAUCACCACAACGGCAAGUUUGCGGUGAUUAUGGAGAUGAAAAUGAUGGUGAGGUUUUCUAUAACCACUCAUACGGGGAUGAAAAUGAUGGUGGGGUUUUUUAUAACCACUCAUCUCUUUGGGAUUUUUAAAAUAGUCAUAUGAAACUAUUCGAGCGAAUUCUAGUGUGGUUUUAUGGGUAUUUCUUGUGCUUAUCUCUGGUUUAAGUUCUUAGUUGGCAUAGGAUGGUUAAUUUUUGUAUUGGGCUUUUUGAUGCGUAGGAAACUAUUUUACAAUUGGAACGGUUAUGAAGCACAUAUUAAACUAAAGGGACUACAUUUGGCUAAAAAAGCUGCAAAUGAUGCAUAUACUGAUAAAUGGUUACAGAACCCCCUGUUCUUUUGUAUCCUUUUUUGCUUGAUGAUGUU